AUGGCUGGAAUCUGCCGAUUGACCGCCAUCGCCACCAGUAUUCGUACCUGCAAGGCUUUCGGUGGCGCACCAGCGUGUCCACUUGCCAAGCGGGCCAACAACGAAAAGGGCAAUGCAAAAAAAAGGGCCGUCUCUUCUCUCAUAUACAUUCACCUCGACGAUACCUCCCUAACGACACACACGAGACCUCAUCGACUCCCCCCGAGCCGCGACACAACUCACGCCAACACCCACACCCAUACACUUAUAACAACCUCCGCCAUCAUGGCCACCGGUGCAGUCGACGCCCGGCGCCUCCAGCGGGAGACGCACCAUGAGGCUGACGUCGUCGUCGUCGGCGCCGGUGUCUUUGGCUGCGCCGCCGCCUACUCCCUCGCCGAGCAGGGCCGCUCCGUGCUGCUGCUCGAGCGGUGGAUGCGCGAGCCCGAUCGCAUCGUCGGCGAGCUGCUGCAGCCCGGCGGCAUACAGGCGCUCAAAAAGCUCGGUCUCGGCCACUGCGUCGAGAACAUUGACAGUAUCACCUGCCGCGGCUACAACGUCCUCUACCAGGGCCGCCCCGUGCUCAUCCCCUACCCGACCAUGGACGAGUACGGCGGCGUCCCGCACCAGUGGUCCGGCGCCGGCAAGGAGGGCAAGCGCGAGAUUGGCAAGGGCUUCCACCACGGCCGCUUCAUCACCCGCCUGCGCGAGGCCUGUCUGGCGCACCCCAACAUUACCGUCCGCGAGACCGAAGUGGUGCGGACGGUCCGCGGCGAGCACUCGGAUCAUGUCCUCGGUGUCGAGACGCGCACUACGGACCCGGAAACAAAGGUCAAGACGCCGGACUACUUUUUCGGCCAGCUCACUAUCAUUGCCGACGGCUACGACUCCAAGUUUCGCAAGGAGGUGACGGAUGAGAAACCAGUGGCAAGAUCCAGGUUUUACGCCCUCGAGCUGACCGACGCCGACCUGCCCGCGCCUGGCUAUGGCCACGUCAUCAUCGGCGACGCCUACCCGAUCCUUCUGUAUCAGAUUGGCACGCACGAGACACGCGCUCUCUUUGACGUGCCCUAUGAUAUUCCCGAAGCCGCGCCCGCUGCAGGCGGCGUCCGUAACUACCUCGAGAACCACGCCAUCCCUGCGCUGCCAAAAUCCGUGCAACCGACGGCCCGUGAGGCCCUCGAAAAUAGCAAGCUGCGCACCAUGCCCAACAGUUGGCUGCCGUCGACGCAGCAGGUUCCACGCGGCAUGGUGGUGCUCGGCGACGCCAUCAACAUGCGGCACCCGCUGACGGGCGCCGGCAUGACGGUUGCCUUCAACGACGCCGUGCUGCUCGCUGAGCUGCUGCACCCGGACCGCGUGCCCACGCUGGCCGACGACGCCGCCGUGCAGGCCGCGUUGCGCGCCCUCUACUGGCGCCGCAAAAACUACACGGCCAUCCUCAACGUCCUCGCCCAGGCUCUUUACGCCCUCUUUGCCGCCCAUGACCCCCAGCUGCACGCCCUCCGCAUGGGCUGCUUCGAGUACUUCCGCCGCGGCAUCACCGACGGGCCCUGCGGCAUGCUCGGCGGCAUCAUUCACCGUCCCGUCGUCCUGGCCUACCACUUCUUCUCCGUCGCCUUUCUCGGCAUCUGGAUGCACUUUCUCGAGAUAAUCACUAGCGGCCCGGGGCCGUUGGGCGUGCUCAAGGCCCCUCUGGCUGUGAUUGAUGCCGUCCUCAUCCUGGCCAAGGCGUGUGUGGUGUUUUUGCCGCUGAUUUGGAGGGAGGGAUUUCGGUGA